AUGCACGACCGUUGGGAGUCCGCGACGGCGACCAGAAACCGGGCGGAGCGCGCGCGCAUGCGCAAACGCCUCGACCAUUUGGACAGGCUCAAGUCCAAGGAACUGGAAUUGCUCGAGGUCGACAAGAGGCGGCUGCGCAGGCGCUACAAUUUGGACGGGGCCCAAUCGACGAUGGACUCUCCGAGGCAGAUCCAGGGCGAUUGUAGGAGUUCUGGAGAUCCGAUAUUCGGCAUCGAUUACGAUCUGAUACGAUCGUUGGUGUUCACCAAGGACUCGGUCGACGUGGAGAAAUUGCUGGUGAUCCAUUUGCUCUGCGCCCACAAGUGCGAAUGCCUCAAACCCGCCCAACACAAAUUGGCCAGCGCCCUCAAAGGCAUCGAUCCCACCGCCAGGCUCGUCGAAAAAUCGCGAAAACCGUUUUACGUUGACUACAACGUGAUGGAUUUGCUGCCGUUCUAUACGAUCGAAAUCACCGAGUACACGUCCAACGGCGUCAAAUUAUCGCAGGCCAUCAACAGGGACAACAGGCUCGCCAACAGGAUCCUGUUCAACAGGAACCUCAGGAAGAUCGUCAUUACGGUGUUGAGCACGUUGCAGAAAUCGAAUUUCAUGAAAUUCAAGAAACUGAUCAAGUUGGUCCAGGAUCCGAACGUUAUCAGGCACAUUCUGAACCAGGACCGGAUCAAAGAAUUCGUCGAGUCCGUCGGCGAUCACGUCAUCAUGACGUCGAUCGGCAACUUCACGUUGACGCCGCCAUUCAAAUUGAAGACGCGCGACCUGAACGUGCGCACGCCCAACGGCUGGCUGGAGGACGUCGUCAAGCGGCUGAGAGGGCGCGUGCUGCAGAUACCGCUGCCCCAGAUCGGCCCGUCCCCGCCGCCCCUUCCGCCGCCGCCGCCGGUCUCGAACCUUUCGGGCAAUCCGUUCGGCAUGAACAACUUCGAACCGUUCAGCGAGGACAGAUACACGACCCCCAUUCGGGUGGUAUCGUCGAAGAUCCGGGCGGAGGAGAGGCGACGCUCCUCCGGGCGGGCGCGCGACGCCCUCGACGACGAGCGUCGGGCGUCCCUUGGGCGUCGCAACACCCCCAAUUUCGUCCAGAAGAACAUCGAAUUGGCCAGCAAGACGAGGCGCAUCGACUACGGCGAAGAGCCGGACAUGAGGUUGCCCAAUAAGAGGCAAUCGAAGCGGAUCAGCGAACAGGGAUUGGUCGCCUUCAAAGCCAAGCAGGAGGAACAAGCCGAGGUGGCGCAGUUCCGUAAGAGAAUAGAGCCUCGGACGGAGGAACCGCGCGAAGCGGAAACGGAAAUGAAGGACGUGUUCCGGAACAUCCGCGGUACUCCCAGGACGUCGGUGGAUACGGUGAACAACGUGGCGAUCGAGAACCACGAGCCGCCGCCGCCGCCGGCGACCGCCGAACGGGCGACCAGGAGCAGCUACGGGAGCGAGGAGCCGCAGCAGCGGCAGUCGCGGCAGUACCAGCGCCGCUUGGAGCACAACCAUCCGCUGGGCGGCAAGGACAGGGAGUACAGCAUCUAUCAGACGACUUGUCCGGCUUGCAAGGAGAGGUGGAAGCAACCGUUGCCCGAUCCGAAAACUCCCAGGUUACGGUCUAGUAAAGAUCCUUUAAAAACCGACAGCAUUCUGCUGAUGGACAUCAUGAUAGGCGAGGAGCUGUUCCAUCUGAACGCCUACGACAAGAAGUACUUCGACACCACCGGCAGGAAAUCCUCGUCGGUGAAGAGACUGAAGGAGGCCGUCGAACGGGCGAACGACGAGUACGUGAGCAUCGAUCCGGUGCAAUUGGCCAAAGUGGAAUUGGAGAUACAGCACAAGGAGACUGAGAAGAAAUUGGAGAAGUUUAUGAGGGAGUCUAUCAAGCCUGCUUGA